CGUGAUCUCAAUAACACUUUUCGUCAUAACUCUGCGACCUUAGCGACGGCUGGGGUGACCCGCGUGGUUACUUCCGGAUGUCCUUGUCCUGGCGUUGACAGAGCGACAGACAGUGUAACCAGUGAUGCCUCUUCAUAAGUUCCCUCCUGCCAUCUGGAAAUCCCUGAAGCUGAAGGAAGGUAUCUAUGCCCGCCUGCCCGCACACUACUUGAAAUCCCUGAACGAUACAGAGAAACCCACCCCGGUACAUUGGAAGCCACAUGGGUACAAGUACAAGCUAAACCCAGAGACAGGACAGCGAGAACGUGUUCAGGAUGUCCCAGUGCUUCCCUACUUUCCUCCUGAGGCUGAUGAAGGACUUUGGGGUGGAGAAGGCUGGAUUUCUGGCUAUCGAUAUGCAAAUAAUGAUAAGCUUUCUGCAAGAGUAAAGGCACUUUGGAGGCCUCAGCUGUUCACUCGGCAGCUGUACAGUGAAAUUCUGGAUAAAACCUUUCCUAUACCUGUUACAAUGAGGACUCUGGAUCUUAUCGAUGCUGCAUAUGGUUUCGAUUUUUAUAUCCUAAAGACCCCACAGAGGGAUUUGCAUUCAAAGCUGGGAAUGGAAUUAAAAAGGGCAAUGCUGAUGCGCCUCGCAAAAAAAGAUCCAAGUCUUCACCCUGAUGACUCAAUAAAGAGGGAACAGAUUUACAACAAAUACAAGGAAUAUGAAAUUCCAUUGGAGGAGGCUGAAUGGGUUGGUUUAACCUUAGAAGAAGCUGUAGAAAAACAAAGACUUUUAGAAAAGAAGGAUCCCACUCCUGUGUUUAAAAUUGCUGUAGAGGAGCUUGUUCAGAAACUAGCAGCUCAGAAACUAGAAGAUCCAGCAGCCGUGCAAUCCAAAUCCUGAGAAUCUAGUUAUGGGACAUGAAACACAAACUUUGCCAAAAAGUUGCCUUUCCUAUGCUAAAACUGAAAAGCAGCUGAUGAAAUACUCGCCAAGAGGUCCAAAAUAAUCUCUACCCACAUGAUCACUACCUUAGGGCAUAUCUCCAGUCCUGACAGUUUUCAUAAACCUCUUCAUUACAUGUGCGUGAGAUGUGUCAGACCUUACUAUAAGCUGUACCUUACAAACAUUCUACAUUAGUAGUUCUCGAAAAACUCUCAUUGGCUAAUACUUUAAAUCAACCCCAGUUGUAAACAUUGAUAUAGUCAACAUACCAUAAAUCCUAAGGCCAUUUUUCCUUUUUAUCAUUUUCUACAUGUUGAAUUAUUUGCUCAUUCUGUUAAAGGAAAUCUGUCAUCAUUAUCACCCGCAAUAUCCUGUAACACAGGCGUGUAGUGCUGGCGAUACUGAUCAAAAUGAUACUUACAAUGUCCUGAAUGGUCCAGCCGUUGCGCCCUUAUAUGUUUUUCUUUUGUAAAUGAGGUCCUUGGGGCAUGGGCGGAGCUAGGACCGUAGCUCCGGAUGCGCCGUUUCCAGAGUACACCCGGAAGCAGCGUCAGUUCCAGCCUCAUUCUCACAGCCAGCAGUGAAGUAUGAGGGUUAAUGAGGCUGAAACUGACACCGCUUCUGGGUGUACUCUGGGAGUGGUGCAUGUGCCGUGGCGAAAACCUGCCGCCAGAGCAGGGAGGGAGGCCAUGCAUAUUGAUGAGCCGAGUGGAGCGCUGACUCAGCAGAACAUGGCAUGGGGUGCCCAGAGCUCCGGUCCUAGCUCCGCCCGUGCCUGAGGGACCUCAUUUACAUAAAAAGAAAAACAGCGAUAACUGCGCAACGGCUGGACCAUUCAGGACAUUGUAUCAUUUUGAUCAG